AUGGCGGAGGAGUCUUUCCAGGCCGACGCCUCGCCCUCCGAGGGCUCCGAGCCACCCGAGUCCCUGCAGCUGGCACGGAAUCCUUCGGGUCCUUUCGUGUUUGCCCAUGACUUCACGCGGGAAGUUGCCGGCUGCCUUGAGGAUGCCUACAGCGUGCAGAAGAAGCCGCUUGGCGAGGGCUCCUUCGGGAGUGCCUUUCGAGCGACUAGCAAGCAGACGGGGCAGGAGCGAGCGGUGAAAGCCAUAGACAUCAGCAACAUGAAAAACCCCACCAGGUUCCAGCGCGAAAUCAACAUCGCGAAGAAGCUGGACCAUCCCAAUGUUGUCAGGCUCUAUGAGACCUUCAGAGAUGCCCGGAAGAUCUACUUAGUCAUGGAGCUCUGCACUGGCGGCGAGCUCUUUGAUCGCAUCGUGGAUGAGGCGCCUAGCGGGUUUGAUGAAGGACAUGCAGCAAAGUACAUACGGCAGAUCUUGUCUGCUAUUUGCUACCUCCAUGCCCACAGGUUCGCUCAUCGCGACGUGAAGCCUGAGAACUUCCUCUUUCACGAUCCUUCCCCGGAGUCCCAGCUCAAGAUCAUCGACUUCGGCUUGGCUUGCCAGUUCGAACCCGGAGUGAAGAUGAGCACGAAGGCGGGGACAGCGUACUACGUUGCUCCGGAGGUCCUGAAAGGAGGGUACGACGAAAAAUGUGACGUAUGGAGUGCCGGUGUGAUCUCCUUCGUGCUGCUCUGCGGCUUUCCACCCUUUGCAGGCGACAAAGAUCCCGAGAUCUUGAAGAAGGUCAAGAUGGGAACUUUCGAGUUUCGCUCGCCUGAAUGGGACCCGAUCUCUCAAGGGGCAAAGAACCUCAUUACGCAGAUGCUGACCUUCGAUCCAGCCAUUCGGCCCACCGCGGAAGUCGUGCUUCUCAGUCCGUGGCUCAAGUUCAAGGGCACGCCGAAGCCGGCCCCUCUGAGCAAGGACAUCGUCACGAGGCUGUCAGGUUUCCGCGCCUACUCAAAGCUGAAGAAGGUUGCGCUGACGGCGCUGGCACAACAGCUGCCUGACGAGAAAAUCGACCUGCUCCAGAAGACCUUUCGGUCGCUGGACAAGAACGGCGAUGGAACGUUGUCCGUGGAAGAGAUCCGGGAAGCCAUCGUGCAGCAGGGAUUGAAUCCUCCAAAAGCGUUGGAGGACAUCCUUCAAGCGAUUGACUGCAAUGGCUCCGGCAGCCUUGACUACACGGAAUUCCUCGCCGCGACCCUCGACCAAAAAGUGUACAUGCAGCGGGAUGUUUGUUGGGCGGCUUUCCGCAUAUUUGAUCUGGAUGGUGACGGGAAGAUUACGCGAGAGGAGCUGGGCAAGGUGCUGAACGGCAACUCCGUGCAGGAGCUCUUCGGAACAAGAAGAAUUGAGAAGAUGAUCGCAGAGGUGGACAAGGAUGGCGACGGGGCAGUGGACUUCGAGGAGUUCUGCGCCAUGAUGUCGACCAAGGUCUCGCGCCCGAAGGCUGCAGCAGAACCUCCAGCCAAGCGACAGCGCCUUUCUGCUUAG